GUAACCAGAGCAUGCUCAAGGGGCAAAAUGGUCAUAUAAAAAGUCUAUAUAGGCUUGUCUGCCCCUAUCAAACUCAUUUCUUUUGCAUAUCUUCUUCUUUACACACUCAAUCUCUCUCUCUCUCUCAUCUCAACUCUCAAUCUCAUACUGUUCAUUUCUCUCUGUUGCACCUGAUCUUGAUCUUUCUCUUUCUCCUUUGAUCAGUUCCAGCAAGCGUAAUUUGUCCUGAUAUUAGUUAAAUAUAAAUUGAAGAUCAAUCAUUUGUGGUGGCAUAUCAAAUAUUGAAGUGAAAUAGAACAACAUGCUUUGGUUGAGUUUGUCAGUUGAUGUGUAUCGUAAAGUUGUGCGCUUGAACUUAUAUUGCAGAGUUAUUCUGUAAAUUAAUCCUUAAGAGGACUUUCGUUUUCCACCUUAGUUUAGUUUUCCCUUAUUCUACCUUCCAUGGGAUCCGAACACGUUUUUGUAUUUGCUCCUGAUAUUUAUAGGAUUAUCUAAGUAGCUGAUAGUUCAAACCUUCAUUUCCAUUAAAAUCUUUCUGUUAGUUUUUUUCUCCUUUGAUUUUAAUCCAUCCCUUUGUACUAGUUCUAUUAGUGUUUAAUCUUAGUAUCUCACUAGCUUGGUCUGAUAAACCAUCGUUUCGUUGUUCGCUACUUGCUUCCAAUCGUUCCUCAUACUCAAUUCAGCAUUUUCUGCUCCUUUUCAAUUGUGUUUUAGCUGUUCGUUAUCCUCCUCCCUUAGAUUUGGCCAAUUAAAUCGCAUAGAUUUAGUGGUUUUCGUAAGGUUCAAGCGUAGUUAUGGUGUGCCAAGCAGCAAGCCAAACAAGAUUUCGGGCAUUGAAACAUUUGAAUGGAAUUGCAGGAAGACCAACGAUUAUAGUUAGAGUAAUUGCAUGCUUUCAACCUUUGCAGGAUUGCCAGGCAGAAUACUUUCGUCAUUUGCUUAAACCUGUUACGUAAAUUGGUUCCAUAUUUAAGUCAUUGUACCAAGCUGGAAGUUAGAGUUUUUCAUUUUCAUUUCUUUGUUUCGUAAAGACGCAAUUUCAAACUGAAGGAAAAUCAAUAUCAUUAGGUGAUUGUUUGGUUGGAUGGUUAAGGCCAAAGGUUCCUGGCCUUCUUCGCAUAACUCAUCUCAGCAACUCCCUGAUUUGAUUUGUAUGAGCACGUUGCUUGAACCAAGGCAACAGGAAUGUUUGCCGUCACAUACAAAUCAAUGCACGUGCAACUUCUCCACACCCGUGGCAUUGCCAGGGUCUGCCAAUCCUCAUUUGCAGAAUUCAAAGACUGAGCAGAAAAAUGAAGGUCACGACCACGGGUCACUUCAAUGUUUGCCCUUGGACUUUCCUGCCUUACUUCCUACCCCAAAUCCUUGUGCUAAUUAUGGUCUCGGAAGAAUGGUUAUGCCCAAUGCGAAAUAUUCAGGGCCAUGUCAAAAGGGGUUCCUUAUUUUCGAUCAGUCUGAGAAUCAAACGAGGCUCUUUUAUAACUACGGUUGCCCUCCUAUCCAUAAUUAUCCAAGUCUUGGCACUGCAAGACUAGCGUCCGCAUACGACGAUUUGGACAAAUUGGGACAUGCUGCCCAAAUGGAUAGAAAUGAUCCUACCAAGAACAUCUUACACGAAGCAUCUGGUGAAAACGAAGGCAGUGAGAUGCACGAAGACACUGAAGAAAUCAAUGCUUUACUCUACUCUGAUGAUUACGAGGAGGAGGAGGAUGAGAGUGACACUGGCGAGUGUGGUGAUGAUGAUGAUGAAGUGACAAGUCCUGAUCACUCUCCUAUGCAACUUAAAAAGGGUUAUGUAAAGCGAGGUCCAAUUGAGGAAGAUGUUGCUAGUUCUGAUGGUUCAAGGAAAAGGCAAAAAGUGGUUGAUGGUGGUUAUAAUAAAUCAUCUCCCUCGUACACUGCCAGUUCAAUAAACUUGGAUGGAUCACACGGAUAUGACAAUGAUGCAAAAUCAAGCUGUGGUGAUGGUGGCGGCCAGAUUGGAUUAGAGGGAUCUGAUUGUACUUUGGGAAACAUGAGGUCCAAAAAGGAUAAGAUUCUUCAAGUGUUGAGAGUUCUUGAGAGUAUAAUUCCUGGAGUAAAAGGCAAGGACCCAUUGUUGGUCAUUGAUGAAGCUAUAGACUACUUGAGGAUAGCAAAGCUUAAAGCCGAAACUCUAGGAGUAAGCUACCAAUAAGUUGUUUUGUGUGUUAGUUACUUUCCAUUCCCUUCCAUUUUAGUAAUACUUGAUUAUAUUAAAGAGUAGAAAGAAAGAAGAAAGCAAAGGUGAAUUGAAAAAAGAUGGGUAGCCCAAGAAUUCUUUGGAUGAAUGAUUGAUGAAAUUUGAAAUGACUUGGAGAGUAGUAGCUUUGUUCCCUUGGUGGGGUCCUCCCCAUCUUUUUAUUUCUCUAUUUAUCUGGAAAGAGCUGUAUAUAAUGGGCCAAUAAAGGAGGCAAAGUAUUGGGAUGAUAUUGCACGCUGAGGCUGAUUAAAAAAAAAAAUGGGGUUUAUUUUUUUUUUUGGCUUGUUGACCAGAAAUGAUUAUCUUUUAGCUUUUGGGGUAUUAAAGAUAAUCAAAAAAGUCACACAAAGGUUUAAACGCAUGGGAAUGGUAGUAGUAGUGGUGGGCUGGUGUGCUGUAAAAUAAGGCUUACCUUUUCUUCUCUCUUAAUUGUUGAGAACCCCUAUGGAUGAAGUGCAUGCGCGUUAGGUAACUCUUGGCCCCACUUUCACUUCUUUCCUUUUCCUUUUCUUUUCCCCAUUUGAUUUUAUGUCCUUGUCCUCUCUCUUCACCUCUCCACGCCUGUAAUGUUGGUAGAAAAAAAAGAAAAAAAAAAGAAAAGAUCUUUAAAAGUAUUCAGAAAGUUUCUGGUGUUGUGGGAUUGAAAGAAGGAACCUUUGGAGUUUGGACGGUGAGUUUUUGAUGAUGAAUCUCUGUGGGGUCCACUCCUCUCUCUCUAUCUCUGAUUAUUAUUAUUAUAAUAAUAAUAACAGUAAUGUAAUAAAGUCUAGUUUGUUUUGUACUUUUUACACGUGUGGUGGGAAGGGGGGUUAAAAAGUCAUUUGCAGGUGCACUGUAACUUAUAGUGUGGUUGGGUUGGUUUGGCUUCACUUGAAGUUGAAGAAGAAGAAGAAGACUGUUGAACUUGUGAACCUGUGAACCUGUGACUGUGUAGUGAAGAAGACUUUUUUGUCUGAGUGUGUGGGAGAAGGGAAGGGAAGGAAGUUUGUAUUUGUUUUUGUGCUGAAAUGGUAUUUAUGGACGUGUCAGUUUUUUGUAUGUGUGCAAAUAAUUGGGGGUGUGAAAAUGUGGGGUUGGGAGGGGUGUUGUUGUUGUGGUAGUAUUCUUCUUGUUCUUGGGUGUUGAGUAGUGAUAUGUAUUUGGCAGUUGUGUUGUUUUGAUCUUGUUUUUUAUUUGUAUCCAUUAUGUGUUUGUAUGUGUUUAUUUCAUGGGAAGAAGACUUUUGUUGCUUAA